GCUGCUCUCGGCACCCUGAACGGCGUGGCCUCCACCAGCACCAUCGGCGCCACCACCGCGGCUGCUCUUGGCACCCUGAACGGCGUGGCCUCCACCAGCACCAUCGGCGCCACCACCGCGGCUUCCCCCUCAUCGGCGCCACCAGGAGUGCGCUCGUCUGGUUCGUCUUCCCUGCGGGCGCUGGGCCUCCCCGCGGCGGCCGCGUCGCCGCCCCCGGGGCCGGCGGCGGCGGCGGCGGCGGGGGAGCCCUCGGGGCUCCUGCCCGGCCGAGAGGCGGGGUCUACGCCGCUGGCGCAGUCGCCCAGGAGGCAGCUGUCCACCGCCGCCCCGCAGUUCGUGACGGAGCGCCUGCGGACAACGUCGGAACCGCGGGUGUCUUCGAAGUUCGGCGUUCAAGCUCAGGCGCCCCCCGGGUGGACCUACGCCGUCGCGAGUACUUCGGACGUGCGUGCCUCGAGCCCGCCAGCAGACCCCGCGUUGCUGACAUUCGCCCAGAAGGCCCGCCCUACCCCAUUCCGCGCCCGUCCUCCGCUACUCCAGGCGCAUCGGCAGAGGACCGGCACCGCUCGGAGCCGGCGCCCCUGGCGCGGCCACUUCAAGGGGCUGGCGCUGGCGCUGGCGUCUGGUCAGGCAGCGGGCUGGUCGCCGGGCCGCAGCCUGGGGGGCAGCAUCCGGCGGCGCAGGCCGUGCCCGUGGUUAGCUGCUCGAGGGCGCCGUCUGGGCCGUGGCAGCAGCUCCAGGCCUCCAGCAGGAGCACGCUGCCCGCCCGCACCCAGCGCGCGGCACUGCCGCAGGGGGCGCGGUCGCACGCGCAGGACGGGCGGGGCGGGCGGGCCAGGCGCCCACCAACGGCUGGGGCCCGCGGGCUGCAGCUCCCACGCCCCCUGCGGUUCCUCCUCGCACGCUGGCGGUGCUACGCUGCUGGGCCGCGGGCGUUCGUCGUCGCCCGCCGGGGUCACGGACGCGCAGGCCACCGCGCCGCCCGCGAGGCAGUGGCCUGCUGUGGCAACGCCCUACGCGCAGUCAAGCAUUGCCGUUCUGGGCGCUCAGGCGCGAGCGCGAUGA